UUUUACCAAGAAGCUUGGUGGGUAGGGGUUGUGAUGAGGUUUAAGGAUGACAACUAUACGGUGGGUUUCAAAAACCCACCUGAUCUGCUUGAGUUAAGGCGCUCUGAGCUGCGGCCUCAUUGGGAUUUUCUGGACGGCGUAUGGAUUCGAGCCCGGAAGGAGAGGAUAGAGGAGACAAUUUUCAGCCAUGGGACAGCAGUGGAAAUAAAUCUCAACGAAGGCAAUCUAUUGUAUGCUUGGUUCCCAGCAAUUUAUCUUGGUGAACUAGGGGUUAACUCUUUCUUGCUUCAAUAUAAGAGCUCAAACAACCGUGAUGUUAAAGUGGUUGUAAAUGGCCAUCAGAUUCGGCCUCAGCCUCCGAAGUCUGGCAAAAGAGAUUUUAACUUGAUGGAAAUGGUGGAUGCAUUCUAUGAUAUGGGUUGGUGGGUCGGAGAGAUUACACAAAUUCUUACAGAAGAAAAGUAUAUGGUCCGUUCAAAAUUCACAAAGCAGGUAAAGGAAUGCAGUCCUUCAGAAUUGAGGCCUCAUGUGGAAUGGACGGAGAGAGGAUGGAUUACAAAGAUCAAUGGAACAUGGGUUGAUUGCUAUAAGGAAGCUCACUUUAGUGUGGAUUAUGAAGUACAAUCAAAGCGUGCAUGCGAGAGUUUCAGAAGCUCCGAGGUCGCUAAAGCACUUGAAAGUUCAGGUGCUACCAAGGAUAAUAAUGAAGAAAAAACAGCUUGUUCAAGGAUUUCAUGGAAGAAUCAGUUGGAGCACUUGAGUCCUUGCAUUGAUAAAUCACCAUAUGGAAAGACCAAAAAGAAACUAAAAAUUAAUCAGAAACCCAAUGAUGAUGCAACAAUUCUAUGUCUUUCCAAGAAUCCAGAAGACUUCUUAUCUUUUACACCAUCAUUUUCAAGGAGAACGCCAGCUAAAACAUCAAAAAGAGAAGCGCCAGUUAGAAAGGGUGCGAAGACUGAGCAACAACAGGUUGGAGAACCGGACAAUCAAGAAAUCAUUUCUUAUAAACAUAAAGUCAAGAAGGGCAGUGAAAUCGAAAAUGCUGAUGAAGAAGAUGUUGAAGAUGAGUAUGGACUGGACAACAUUGAAUCUUCUGGUAUAAGGUCAGAUUCUGAGCUAACAGGGGGAUCUCAUGCUGGAACAUCAUGUCUGCUCCCUGUAGAGGAGGUUGAAUGGAAUGAAGAUGGGGUGAGCAGUGAAAUAAAAGGGAAGGGAAAACUGCCUGAAUAUCUUGUUGAACACCGAAAAGAUCCAGCAACAGAUCAUACGAAUGAUAUAUUUGAAUUGCCUGUAAUAACAAUGUGGGAUUUGACAGGCGAGAAGCUUAGUGGAACUGGAGUUGUUGCUCAAGUUGAAUUGACUAAGACUCAAGUUGUCAAUGAUAAUGGUUUUGAAGAUGCAAGGAGGGUGGAAGCAGAAGCUGAAGAUACUGCAAUGGAUAUUGAGAAAAUAAUAGAGGGCUUAAGUAAUCCUGCAGGGUUUUCCAGCCAACAAAAUGAGGUCAGAGGAAGACAGGUUGAAACUGGUGUAACAGGUUCUGAAGAAACAAUGAGAGAGACAGAAACUCUGGAUUCCACAAUGGAUUACUUGACAAAAGAAGUUCAGGUGACCGUGACUGGAGUAUCUGCAACAGCGUCUGCCCAUGAUCAACCUUUAUCACUGUAUGUAGAUGAAAUGCAUUCUAUAAAAGCCAAAGAGUGCUCAAGUAAGCUAUUGUGAAAAUUUUCAAUGGAUU